AUGCGGAGACCAGAGGAUACAGCGGAGGGGGACUCCGUCGCAAGGCUCCCGUACCUGAAAAACUUGUACAUCAGAGCGUUCUCUACUCUCGGCAGCGCUCACCUCCUCGCUCACUUAAGCUUCAGCCAACACGUCGCUCUUCAUAUCCACAACGACUCUGACGAUUUACGCGGAGGGCAACUGUUUGAGGCCAUUGACCUGAUGACCCGCUCCCUUACGGCCAACAGGACCGUGCAGUUUCUCUGCGCGCAAGUUAGCUUCAUUGACGACGUCCACUGUGCAUUCUGGCCUUUCGUCGGAGCGAAUGGUUUUACACCUGGAGCUCAUGACUCUUCAGCAAGCAGCCUUCACGUUUACACACCUCACAUCCCUUACGAAUUCUCUUGUCACCCCUCGGUCUGGUAUGAAAACUUGCCGCUCGAGCAUGUCAAGGUGCUGCGCGUCCACCAGGGUACAUUGAAGAAGUCGCCGAUAAAGGAUCUCCGAAGAUAUUUCCAGCGCAUGAAGCAACUGGAAGCCCUCGAUGUCAUCGAUGAGGUCGCCGAAUACUUGCUUCCCCAGCUUGCCACCAGGAAGCGUUCUGGACAGGGGGACCACCCCGCUUUGUUUGAAUCCGUGAAGCGUCUGAAAGUCCACUUGCGCGUGACAUACAGGCCGUCUUACCUGGACCACGAUGAUAUGAUUGAGGGGGCAGCGACACGGAUCCCCCUCGUGGUUGACGCCCUCGCGUGCUUCUUGAGUGAGCGUCAGCAAGAGGGAAAUGCGAUUGAGGAACUGCAUAUCCAUGCACCGUCCUUCUUACUUUCACAAGACGAGUUUAGUCAGGAAUUCGAGCCUCUUGUUGGUAGGGCAGUCCUAGAAUGCUCACUGCUCAUAACCCCAAGAGCAUUGUUAACGAGGGAUCGGAGGACUUUGCCAGAGGGAGUACCACUGACACCAAUCGGCUUUCACUUGUUUUACCUCGAGGAUCACACAGUCCACAGCACCGUUUUCCACCAGAGAUACUCGGGUAUAUAUUUCUCUGUGUCCUCGACGAUCGCUACAGUGAUGUUUUGCUCCCUGUCACCCACGUGUGCCGCUACUGGAGGGACGUUGCGUUGGGCUAUCCGAGUUUAUGGCGCCAGCCCGACAGCUGUCAUCCCGAUCUCGUCGAGACUAUCAUACAGCACAGCAAUAACCUGCGCCUUCAUAUUGUCAUUCAAGCUCUUUCAGAGUACGAUGAUCAGUCCCCGGACUUCUCCAGGCGAAUGGAAUCACCCCACUCGCGAAAGAUCUAUGAAGCUGGUGGACAUUCUGCAGGACACACCUAUGCUAAGAAAGCUCACACUGUGCUCUGACGGCCUUAUCCCUUGCGAUGAUGUCGGAGACUUCACGGUCAAGACGGACAAGUUGCUCGUUGCAAGGCUGCCUCAUCUCGAGGAAUUCUACAUGAGCAGUUACACUGCCUCCACCUGCAUGCAUGUCUUAUCCCAUCUAAUCAUCGAUCAGCCGGUCACUCUCGUUCUGAAAUGCGACCUUCAGAACAUACUUCCUGACCGAGCGCCGUCUGCGAUGAAUCUAGUCAGUCGAUUCCUCACAGCCAACCGUCAGAUAGUGCAUAGAUUCGCGGAAAUUCAUGCGCACAACGAUAGCGAUGACCGCGACCCUUCACCGAGUCACUUUUGCUUCCAUGACUCGGGUAGGUGUUAUCCUCAAUAUUGGCAUCACUACCUGCCCCUCGGAGACGUGCAGACGCUGCUUGUCCACGAAGACAUGUUCCCGCACCGCGACCUCCCCAAGGGAUGGGAAAUCCGCGGGCUCCCGGAGAAGUUCACGUCACUGCAGCAAGUCGAACGUCUGGAAAUAGUCGCGGCGGUCGCAUGGUACCUCAUCCCCCAUUUCGCGACAACAGCUCGGUCGACUGACCCGACGCACCCUGCGUUGUUCCCGCGCCUGAAGAGUUUCCGACUGUACUUCCACGAAACUCGCCGGAGCUGGUGCGCUCCGGAGAACAUACCCGCGCUGUGCGAGGACGUCUUCGGCGUUCUGGAAAGCUACCUGCGGGAGCGCCACGAAGAGGGGCACCCGAUCGAGGAGCUGGGGAUCCAUGCGCCGUCCGGUAUCAUCCAGAGCGACGAGCUCGAUGCAAGCUCGUUGCUAAGUAUUAGGGCGAGGAGUUUAGCAGGCCGAGUGGCGUUGCAUCGUGCAAGGCUCACGUUGUUGUUCCUGCUCGUCUGCGUGGCGGGGAGUAGCGACGCGGAAGAUCGCGAUCUUGCCUUGGGUGAAUCCUGCGUACUCCAUCAAGUCGAGCUCGUGAAUCGCUUUCGCCAGCACGCAGAUACAUCUACGACGUUUCUGCCUCGCCCAGCGGGAGGUACGAAUCAGGAGGGGACUCGCCCUCCGUGA